CGCAAUGCAUGCCGGUAAACAAAGAUGGACGUCCAGCAACACACAUGAUUUGUGUCAAACAGUGAAAAGCUGUACUCAAAACGUCAUAGUUUGAUGAGAAGACUGAUCACAUUUGAAGCAUUUAUCAAGAUCGAGCGAUCUGUAGAAACAGCUUCAGGAAACCCAGUUACUUGCACCUUUGUGACAUUAGAGAGAUGGAUAGAUCGUCCGUUUUCUUAGAAAGAUGACAUCAGAAAUGGAAGAGGCCAUACAGAAGGCUGAGGCCAUUCUGCAGCAAGUUGAACACAAACCCCAAAAGCCGCCAAAAUCAGUCGGGAACAGUAAAUGGAAGUCACUUCAGCACAGACUUCAUGAGCUGUAUGCAGAAGAGUGUAGCAAGUCAGGCAAUAAGCACUUGAAGACCGGAGUGCAUCUUCUCGACAAGCUUGCCAAGAGAGAGAAGUUGACAUGUCUGAUUGUCAGCCUUGGCAGCGAUGGUUACUCGCUCAUGCUGCGAGGAGAAAACGGGGCAGAGACAGAAACUAUGAGGCUUCCUUAUGAGGAAUCCGAGCUUCUUGAGUACCUGGAUGCAGAAGAGCUUCCGCCAGUACUUGUGGAUCUGCUGGAGAAAUCUCAGGCCAACAUCUUCUACAACGGCUGCGUCAUCACCGAGGUCAGGGAUUACCGGCAGUCAGGGAACGGACAGAACUACACCACGCGCUACGUGCUGCUUAGACCAACUGCUCAGACUUUGCUUUGUGACAUAAACUCCAUCGUGAAUGAAGGCCAAAGAUUCACAAAUGACGAGAAGCUUCAUCUUGAGAGCCAGUUACUCCUAGCCACCCAAGAGCCUCUUUGCUUAGAGCCGUCUAUAGCAGUCACCUGUAUAGAGAAUAAAGUACAUCAAGACAGGCAUAGGCUAAACGGCAGACCACUCAAAAGGUGUAUGAAGAGGCAUUCUCGCAUCAUGAGGUCACGGCAGGCUAUUCUCAAGACCCUGCCUGCUCCCAAGGAGCUAGGUCUGAUUGACUUCCUCUCCCGUCGCAAGGACAGGACGCCGGCUGUACCUGUCAACUUGAAAGUUGGCAAGACGUGUGUUGAUAUGUGGCGGCAGAGAGAAAUCGACCACACAGCUGCAGAUGUUUCCAUGGUUGAGCAGCAUGCUACAUGUCAAGAGAGACCAAGACCAAAAGAUAAUUCACUUACAGCAACAGUGGAGGAGAUUCUCGAGACAGACAGGGGUAACGGCAAGGUGCAUUACGCCCGCGUUUCCAUCCACCAGCACCAGCAGGACCAGAGCUACGUGGGCGAGCUGUACUAUGACCGGGACUACAAUAUUCAUGAGGGCAAGAGGCCAGGGGUCACAUGCAGGUUUCCACUUGGUUCAUUUAAAAAUGCACAAAUGUAUUUGCAUCAGUUCCGAGACUUGUUCACCGAAGAAGGUCGUCGUCAGGUCAAGAUUACUCGCAUAGUACCCGGCCAGAACCAGUACGCCAACAACGCCAUGCCUGGGCCGUCAGCGGCAAGUGCAACACAAGGAAGUGCAGCUGGCAAUAGCAGCAGCAGCAGCACGGCAAUGCAGGCCUCACUGCAGCAGAACAACAGCAAUAACCAGACGGGACAGAACGCUGGUAUUUCCAUCAAGACGGAGCCUGGGCAGCCAGACAGCAACACCCUCAGGUUGUCUCUCGGCAUCAACAACUCAGGUAGCCUGAACCCAAGCCUCGCCAGCCCAGUCACACAGACUUCACUUCCAGGUCAACUGUUUCCUGCAAGUACAAUAGCCCUUGCUGCAGCAGCACAGCAGCAACAGCAGCAACAGCAGCAGCUUCAGACUCAACCAACUGUGCCUAUACUCAGCCCACCACUCAGCAGCGGGCGUCAUAAAGCAGGCAGACAGCCACCUGCAUACCUUAACCUGUCCAGGGCUAGCAGCGCCCCUCCAGAUGGCAGUAUUAUGAUGGCUUCACCUCAAGGAACUCCAACUUCCCUACCAGCCUCAUCCCCAUUAUCUGGCUCCAUGGCCCCGCCUCCGACACCUCCUCCAUCUUCAACUCCAUCAGCCCCAGUCACACCCGCCUCGCCUUCCCCUAGCAUCCUCCCCAUCCCAGGCCGUGUCACCACGCCUACUCUAGAGGGCGUGGCCGGGCGAGUGACCACACCUACCCUAGAGGGCGUGACUGGACGAGUGACCACGCCCACCGGCAUAGUGAACAGCCAAUCAGGGCUGUUGCCUCACAGCGUGGCGGUGACAAUCACCAUGGCUGGCGGGGGCAGUAUUGCUGUGCCGGUUUCCAUGGGACUGGUUGCUCCUUCACAAGCAGGUCUUGUGCAGACGGCCGGCGGUCUGAUCAGCUCACCCAUCAGUGUCAUGACUACUCUCUCCGGCUUCCCCUCAGACGUGAUCAAUCUCACCACCACAACCGCCGCUGUGACUUCUAGUCUCACCACCACCACGACAUCCUCACCACCCCAGGCUGGUAUCAUAUCCACCCCCGCGGGUCUCCUGACGGGACCCAUCAACAUCAUCAAUGCUGGCCAGGGAGGUUUGCUGGGGACCAGCUCGGUGAGUCUGUCGACGGGAGCGCAGCUAGCGGCAGCGACAGGCAUCUCACCUGCCAGGCUGGCGCAGCUGAAGGGAUCUGGUGGGCUGAGAACUCAGGGGCCACUGUCACUGCUUCCACAAGGGCAGCAGCAGGCCAUUAUCUACAAUGCAACCCUGCAGCAGCGAAUCCACCAACAGUUGCAGCAGCAACUACAGCAACAGCUGCAGCAGUCCACAGCAGCCAGCCAGUCCCAGCGGCAAGGGGGAAACGUGCAACAGCAACAGCAGCAGGCUGGUAGUAGCGUGGGGGCUAAGAACACCGUGGUCCCCACGCUGGGAGCAUCACAGACUGCUACUGUCCUGUCACAGCUAACUGCGAUUCAGGGUCUACAAGCGGGCUUACCUCAGCUCACCACCACCCACCAGCAAGCCCUACAGCAACAACAACAACAGCAACAGCACUUGCAUGCACAGCUGGCUUUCCAGAAACAGCAGCAACAACUGCUACUGCGCCAGCAACAACAGCAGCAACAGCAACAUGCAGCCAGCAGCAAAGGGAAAAGCAAGAAAAGAACCACGCCAACUCCACCAAAGUGAAGUGCAUACGUCUCGCUGGUGGGCUGCAAAACGGUUCUGUUUAAACAGGUUCGGUUCCCGAGCUUAAUUUGCAUACUGGUCACAUUGCUUCUUCGACACAAUUUAUGCUCAAUUCACUUUGCCAUAUAUACAUGUGUUAUAAAGUUAUAUUGGUACAUGUACAGUACAUCAACUGGUCCGUUUCUGUUUAACCAGGUCACGCUGGUAAUAUUUUGACAAGAACGGAACGAGGCGCGGGAUUACUUUUCACUCGACCGCAAUGUCAGGCGGGUUGAAGCCAUCGCCCUCGGGCAGCACACUCAUAUUCCCUGCCUCGCUCGCUGCGUGUUUAUCUGUUAUCCGUUCCGAAUACCGCAAAACCUUUGCGUGUAUACACGUCAUCCGGCGCAAACUGGUUAACUUGGAUGGUAUUUACAUGCCAAAAGGGCUAGUUAACUGUACAUUCUUGAACAAGAUAAGUUUACACAGUGCAAUGUGUGUCCAUCCCUGCUAAAUCUAGGUGAGACUGUACGAAACAAACCACAUACAGCGUUGUUGUCAAUGCUUUGUGGUAAAAUGUGAGUGCAUUUUCCAGUUUCAAAUUUUCGUAUGUAAAUAUUCACAAGAAAAUGCUCGCCGAAAAUGCAAAAGCAGACGACGUUCUGGAAUGCUACGUAAUUCGGGCGAUUCACAAUGCAGUGUGCCACCAAGAGUUUGCCAUGGAGAGUCUAUUUUUCAAGUUUGUGGUCGACAAAACAUGAACAAUUUGAAUGAGUGUCAGUAGACAAC